GUAGCAGUGUUGAAGGACAUCCGAGCACAGAGGUCUGGUAAAUAAAACAAUUGACAUGAAUUAUGUGUAAUUGGUAAUACAAAGCUUAAAUUUCAUUCAUGUGCUGUGUUUUGUAUUUCAAAAAUGGGCUGCCAGGUAUGUGUCCCAUGUCGAAGUCUGAAUAAAAAGCUCAAAAGUUCAACUGCAGUUAUAGAGAAAUGCAAUAUGUCAAUCAUCCUGAUGUUACCCCAAUCAGGGAUGGACUGGCUGUCUUUCUCAAUAAUUAUUGGAUACUCACUAUUUAUUUACAUGUAUGUGGGUGGGAUAUAAAUCAUUACCCCAAGAUAGGCGUUUUGAUUGCGCCAUCUUUACAGCGUCUCAGUUGAUGAUUGGCCACAAUUCUGGUGGAAUGAAAACAGGAGGGGCUUAAUCAGUGAUGAUUUCCGUUGUAUGUUAUUUGAGUCAGUGCCGAUUGACGGGAGUCUAUCAGCUCAGUGGCCGUUGAUGGACCAUCCCUAUGAAGAAACAGGGUUACAAUGGGACAGAGUACCUCAGAACAAGAGGUCCAAGGAGACACGCAAGAGGUGCAAUCCGUCCCCACUGACAUAGACAAUGGACCAAUCGAAGCAGAUGUUACACAUAUUACAUUUGAGGAAGCAAACGAUGGGUUUAAUAACAUCAAGACUUUUGUUGAGGAGGAACUACAGACGAGCAUGAUGGUGGGGAUGGUGAUUGGUGCGGGCAUCGCCAUAGUGCUCAUCGCCAUCCUCAUCUUCUUCAUCUUGCGAAGGAUCCAGCUUCGAAACAUAGAAGCUCAGGAGGCCCCCAAAUACCGCUUUCGCAAGAGGGACAAAGUCAUGUUCUACGGCCGAAAGAUCAUGCGUAAAGUCUCCCAGUCUACCUCUUCCCUGGUGGGUACAUCCUCUUCCUCUCGGCCACGCCUAAAGAAGAAGCAGAAGAUGCUCAACAUUGCCAAAAAGAUCCUGCGCUUUAAGAAGGAGGUGCCCAUCCUGCAGGCUAAGGAGCCCCCUCCCUCAGUGCUGGAGGCGGACCUCACUGAGUUUGAUGUGGCCAACUCACACCUCCCCUCCGAGGUGCUGUACAUGCUCAAAAAUGUCCGUGUGCUGGGUCACUUUGAGAAGCCCCUCUUCCUGGAGCUGUGUAAACACAUGGUGUUCGUGCAGUUCCAACAAGGGGAGUACGUCUUCAGGCCGGGACAGCCUGACAGCAGCAUCUACGUGGUUCAGGAUGGAAAACUAGAAUUGUGCCUUACUGGAGCGGAUGGCAAAGAAAGUGUGGUGAAGGAAGUCUAUCCGGGAGACAGUGUCCACAGCCUCCUUAGCAUCCUGGAUGUCAUCACAGGCCACCAGAAGCCUUACAGAACUGUGUCGGCACGGGCUGCAGAGGUUUCCACUGUUCUCCGUUUACCUGUAGAGGCCUUCCUUGCUAUAUUUGAGAAGUACCCUGAGAGCCUGGUGCGGGUAGUACAGAUCAUCAUGGUUCGUCUCCAAAGAGUAACAGUCCUAGCCCUGCACAACUAUCUGGGUCUCACCAAUGAGCUCUUCAGUCAUGAAAUGCAGCCCUCACGUCUUCCACCUCCAUCUCCCCAUCCAACUCGCACCAGUCCCAUCCGGCAUGGUAAGCGCUUCGGCAGCCUGACUGUGACAGAGGAGCAUCGAGAAGCUGCCAUUAAGGGUGAAGCUACAGGAGGGGAACAAGGGAAGGACGGAGCAACAGUGCCAACUCUCAGCAGGACCAUCUCCAUGCCUGUGGACAUUGCCGUUUUACAGAAAGGCCUGAGAUCGGACUUUGACAUGGCGUACGAAAGGGGAAGGAUCUCUGUCUCUGCAGAGGAUGGCAACACUCCUCCUAUGUUUACUCGGUCUACAUCCCAGGACCAGCGGGAGAGGAAGGUGACCGUAGACGAGGUUCCCUCUGGGAUCUAUCUGUAUCCCGAGGAAGACUCGGGAGUGGACAAUAUUUUUACACCUGUAUCCAGUCGAUCCAAUGCUGCUUUGUUCGAGGAUGCUCAGAAAGAGAUCCUCAAACUCAUGAACAUUGAGGACCCCUCCUUGUUAAAUGGGAAAGUAACUCUGCACCAAGCAAAAGCUGGAGCUGUCUUGGCAAGACAGGGAGACCAGGACGUGAGUCUCCACUUUGUCCUGUCAGGUUGUCUGCAUGUCUACCAGCGAAUGAUUGACAAGCAGGAAGCCGUGUGCUUGUUUGUGACCCACCCGGGGGAGAUGGUGGGCCAGCUUGCUGUGCUCACUGGAGAGCCCCUCAUCUUCACCAUCAAGGCCAUCAGAGACUGUACAUAUGUCAAGAUCUCAAAGUCUGAUUUCUAUGAGAUCAUGAGGGAGCAACCCAGUGUGGUGCUGAGUGCGGCUCACACGGUGGCUAUCCGCAUGUCCCCGUUCGUCAGGCAGAUGGACUUUGCUAUUGACUGGAUGGCUGUGGAGGCUGGCAGAGCUCUCUACAGGCAGGAUGACCAGUCAGACUGCACCUACAUUGUUCUGAAUGGCCGUCUGCGUUCAGUUAUCCGCAAGUCAAACGGCAAGAAGGAACUUGUAGGGGAAUACGGCAGAGGAGACCUCAUCGGAGUGGUGGAGGCCUUGACCAGACAGCCGAGAGCGACCACCGUCCACGCUGUGAGAGACACAGAGCUUGUCAAACUGCCGGAGGGGACGCUAAACAACAUCAAAAGACGAUAUCCGCAGGUGGUCACAAGGUUGAUCCACUUGUUAGGACAGAAGAUUCUGGGGAACCUGCAGCAAGGUCGCGGCCCCUUCUCAGGCUCAGCCCUGAGUCUGCCCACUAUGACAGCCAGUGCUGAUGUCACCAACCCUGCCAGCAACCUCUCCACGGUGGCUGUCCUGCCUGUAUGUGAUGAUGUGCCCAUCAAUGCAUUCAACAUGGAGCUCAGCCAUGCUCUCAGUGCCAUUGGCCCAACUCUGCUAUUAACCAGCGAAAUUAUAAGAGAGCGACUGGGCGCCUCUGCUUUGGACAGUAUCCAUGAGUACCGUCUCUCCGGCUGGCUGGCCCAGCAGGAGGACAUCAAUCGGAUUGUCUUGUACCAGACUGACAGCAGUAUGACCCCGUGGACUCAGCGCUGCAUCCGCCAGGCUGACUGCAUCCUCAUCGUCGGCCUGGGGGACCAGGAACCUGCUCUGGGACAGUUGGAGCAGAUGCUGGAGAACACGGCGGUUCGUGCUCUGAAGCAGCUGGUCCUUCUGCACAGAGAGGACGGGCCGGGCCCCUCCAGGACAGUAGAGUGGCUCAACAUGCGUAGCUGGUGCUCCGGACAUCUGCACCUCAAGUGUCCCCGAAGGGUCUUCUCCAGACGCAGCCCCAGCAAAAUAAGGGACGUUUAUGAAAAGGUGUUUGAGAAAACGGCGGACAGGCACAGUGAUUUCUCUAGGCUGGCCCGAGUCCUGACCGGGAACAGCAUCGCCUUGGUGCUGGGAGGAGGCGGAGCGAGAGGCUGCUCUCAUGUGGGUGUGAUCAAAGCUAUGGAGGAAGCAGGGAUUCCUAUUGACAUAGUGGGUGGCACCUCAAUCGGCUCAUUCAUUGGUGCACUGUACGCUGAGGAGAGGAGUGCCGUCAGAACCAAGCAGAGAGCCAGAGAGUGGUCCAAGGCAAUGAACUCUGUAUUUAAAACGGUGCUGGACCUGACCUAUCCCAUCACCUCCAUGUUCUCUGGGUCUGCCUUCAACACCAGCAUCUAUAAAGUGUUCCUGGACAAACAAGCGGAGGACCUGUGGCUGCCAUACUUCAACGUCACUACUGACAUCACAGCCUCAGCCAUGCGUGUUCACCAGGAUGGUUGCGUCUGGCGAUAUGUUAGAGCCAGCGCCUCCUACACCCCCUAUUUACCUCCCCUGUGCGACCCCAAGGAUGGCCACUUGCUUGUGGAUGGUUGCUAUGUUAACAAUGUCCCAGGCUCUCUGUGGCGCUAUGUGCGGGCGAGCAUGACCCUCUCGGGGUACCUGCCCCCUCUCUGCGACCCCAAAGAUGGCAACUUGCUAAUGGACGGUGGCUACAUCAACAACCUGCCAGCGGACAUUGCAAGGAACAUGGGUGCCAGAACAGUUAUUGCCAUCGACGUUGGUAGCCAAGAUGAGACCGACCUCUGUAACUAUGGAGACAGCCUGUCUGGCUGGUGGUUGCUUUGGAAGCGGAUCAAUCCCUGGGCAGAGAAAGUGAAGGUCCCCGACAUGGCAGAGAUCCAGUCUCGGUUGGCCUACGUCUCUUGUGUGCGGCAGUUGGAGGUGGUAAAGAAGAGCGCCUACUGCGAGUACAUCAGACCGCCCAUCGACCGCUUCAAGACCAUGGACUUCGGCAAGUUUGACGAGAUCUAUGAUGUGGGCUACCAGCAUGGCAAGUUGCUGUUUACUGGCUGGGCCCGAGGCGACAUUAUCGAGAACAUGCUGAAGGACCACCGCUCCGCUGACUACAACGACAGCAAGAGAACUGAUUCCUGCACGUGUCCAGCAGCUGACUUCACUGACCUGGCAGAGAUUGUAUCCAGGAUAGAACCGGUUCAAAGCUACGUGGCUGCAGAAGCGGAGGAGUCAGACUGUCUGACAGAGUACGAGGAAGACGGCAUGGACACAGUAAGAGAGGAAGAGGGGGAGGAGGAGGAGGAAGAAGCAGAGGACCCUGAUGAUAAUUCCCCUGGAGAGUGGGGCCAGAAUGGAGUCUUUCAGACUGAUGAGGAAAAAACUGUGAGACAACGCAGGAAACUGGCCAGUGAUUCCAACACCUCGGAAGUCUCUGACUGCUGACAAAGGGGUAUGGAGGAGAAGAGGGAGUUUAUACACAACCAAGGGACAAAUUACUGGUUCAUAAACUGUCAAAGAUAUAGACCUGGACUCCACGCUCAGCUCCUACAACUUCUGCAGGAAAACACUGUUCAUGCUCUAAAUUCUUGAACAUUCUUUGCAUCGAGUGGCUUUCUGUUCACAUUUUAACCCCACCGUCAAAAAGAAAUGUAUGGUCUCGAAUACGAACAGUCUUUUUAUGCUCUUCCCUGCCCAGCAAUUUCUCUCAUCACUUUACAUCAAACUUGCCCAUUGCCAGAAUCCCUGCCUGCCAAAACCGAAACACAACCAGUAACAAACAAAACACAACAGGGACACCUUCAACUCUAAAUCACACUCGUGUUUUUUUGUUUCAAAUGGCCAGAAGGGCCCCGUCUGUGUCCCUGAGUCUUUACGUGUGUCUGUACUGUUGGUACAUUUUCAAUUGCACUCAAUUAUUGAGGAUUUAACACAUUAAGUCCUACGAUUCCUUGUGUGCACUUGUUCGGAUGACUGGUUACCUGAAUGUUAGAAUGACUGUUUUGUUUGAUUUCUUGAAGGAGAAGAAGGACACUGAAAAAUAAAAAAUAAAGCUGUAGUUGGUAAGAGUUAUGCAGGUUAAUGUUAAAUGUAGGGAGUCAGGAAGGGCAAGCUUUAGGAGGAACAGAAGAUUAUGUAAACACCAAAGCCCACUUUAUGUUGAUGUUGAAUGAACAGAACAGAACGACGAUGGUUAGGAUGGAGACAUUUAGAGAGAAAGGCAUGUUGAUGAAUGUGGAACGUUUUUGAAAAAAAGUUAGGGCUAUAAAGUGUGUGGACCAGUUAGUAAAUCGUUAUUUAAUUUAAUUUAAGGAUGAAGAAAAUGUGUGUUGAACAUUAAGGAUGUAUUAGAUGAGUUAAGUGAUGACAUUGUGUCUGCGUCUUCGACGUUUCGUUUUUCAACUGCUAUAUUUGAGAUAAUGCCAGUUUAAAAAAAAGAAGCCUUUUCAACCAGUGAUAGAUCUGCUCACAGUGAACGGAGACUGUGGAGAAAAGCGCCAUCUUUUCACAGACACUAAACAACAAACCAGUAGUGUGCCCGCCUCUGUUUCUGGUCACACAUAAAGCACUCAAGGUUCCUGUGUAUAGCGACAAUAGCGUAUCUGAGACUGUACAGUAAUGAAAAUCUUUAAAUCUAGUCAAUAAAUCAAUGUCGGAUCGUACACAGGAACCCUUAGAAUAUCUUAACUUCAAAUGAGCAAAAAUUCAACUCAUUUGGCCAUUAACACAAUUAACAUGGACCUUUUAUAGAUUGUAACAAGAUUAUAUUAUAAUAUACACAAUGUUGAUAUUCAUAUAUGUAUAUGAGGUGGACAUUUGUAAAUUAGAGCUUUGCUGCAAGACAAGAACCUAGAACUAAACAAGUGUUUCUUCUCUUCAAAUGCAUUAUGUUUUUAUUUAUACUUGUUAACUACUGGCUUUUUAAAAUCUUUUUUUUUUCUGGUGGGGAUGGAGGGGGGGUGUAUUGUUUUAAAUAACUUGGCUUUUGCUGUUUUGCACUGAAACAUGUAAGUAUUCCUUGCUCAGAAGAUGUUUGGUUUAAUAAUUGCCAACCUUGAGAUGCCAAGAGAAUCUAAAGAAUGAAAACAGAUAAUAAUUUAAUAUGCAUAAUGACAAAUAAAAACAAUAUGCAGUU